AUGUCAUUGAUACGCUCCUCAAGAGCGUUAAGAAGCUUCAAAACAUGUUCGAGAUGUUCGAUCACUUCUCAACCUCGACAAAUACCUUCAUUAACCAGGAUACCGAUCAGGUCAAGUUCAACUGUAACUCCAACAAGUAUAAAGCCUUAUAUACCGAAAAGCGGACCUAAAGCUCAUCAUGGGCCAAGAGCGAAGAUUACUCACGAUGUAAAAGAUCUUUCAACUGAUUUGGAAGGUCAAAAAGUAGUGAUUGCAGGAUGGUUAUUCUCACAACGACGAGCAUCUGAGAAUCUUCAUUUCUUCACUUUACGUUCAUCCACCUCUUCAGUCCAGCUUGUUUCAAGGCUAAAAGAACCUUCUCAAGAUAUCAUGUCAUGGCCUUUGGAAAGUGUGGUCCUAGUCGAAGGUACCGUUAGAGGUAGAAAACAAAAAGCGAAAAACGGUAGUUCACCUGUUGAUGAAAUUGAAAUUGAAUUAUCUGGUGUAACGCUGCUCAAUCCUGCUGAAGCUGUGCUUCCCUUCUACCCUAACCGACCCGAGGUUGCUAAUGAAGAUCUUCGAGCGCAACAUCGAUAUCUGGAUCUACGAAGAGCGGAUUUAGCUGAAAAUUUGAAAGUGAGAAGCAAAGUUGCUCAUAUAAUAAGAAACUAUCUACACGAUAAAGAUUUCACCGAAGUUGAAACACCAGUCUUACUGAAUUCAUCGCCGGAAGGAGCUAGAGAAUUCCUUGUCCCCACUAGAUCACCAACAUCAACCGGUUUACCUGCAUUCUACGCACUGCCCCAAUCACCUCAACAACCUAAACAACUACUAAUUGCUUCAGGAGCCAUUCCCCGUUAUUACCAAUUAGCUAGAUGUUUCAGAGAUGAAGAUGGAAGGAAAGAUAGACAACCUGAGUUCACUCAAAUAGAUCUAGAAAUGGCUUUUGUGGAUGCUUCAGCGCCACCUCCGACAAAAGAUGGAAUGAGAUCGACUUGGAAUAUAGGUGGUAGUCAAAUUAGAGAAGUAAUUGAAGGUUUAGUCAAAAAGAUCUGGAAAGACAUCAAAGGUGUAAAUCUGGAAGGUUGGUUCAGAGUAAUGCCUUAUGAUGUCGCUAUGGAUGUGUACGGUUCAGAUAAACCAGAUACGAGAUUUGAGAUGUAUACUUUACCAAUCGGUUACUAUCCAACUCUAUCCGACGCAUCUCUCGAUAAAGUUUUAUUAGAUCAAUCACCUUCAACGAUAGAGUAUCUGAUUUCGCCAGCUGCACAAGCGCAAGCUUUAAAUAUCCGUUCUUUGGCACAAAGUAGCCAAUUUAUCGAUUACGUCAAAAUCACCAAUGACAAUAUAUAUACCUGGCAAAAUGAUUCAGUCUUGACAGCUCCUAUCGGACUGGAACAAGAUCGAACUUUACCUGCAGGUGUCAAAGUUGGCGAUGUAGUAUGGGUGUCUAGACGGAAGAAGGUUGCCGAGGGCGGCUGGACGCAUCUGGGUAGACUAAGAGUACAAAUCAUGGAGCUAUCAGUAGCCAAGGGCUUGAUGACAUUACCCUCUGAACCUCAUUUCUUGUGGAUCACUCAGUUCCCACUGUUCACAAUGGCGGAUGAAGAUAAAGCGCACUUAUCAAAAGGUAGAUACGCAUCAACACAUCAUCCAUUCACUGCACCAAUGUUCGAAGACAUGAACGAUCUCAAAAAUGGUAAAGUCGAUGGGGUAAGAGGACAACAUUAUGAUCUGGUUCUAAAUGGUCAAGAGAUAGGUGGUGGAAGUGUGAGAAUACAUGAUGUAGAUCUACAAGAAUGGGUCAUGAAAGAAGUAUUACAACUCGACGAACAAGAAAUAGGUAGAUUCGACCAUCUUCUAAAAGCUCUACGAUGUGGUGCACCACCUCAUGGUGGUAUAGCAUUAGGAUUCGAUCGUUUGAUAGCAAUCUUAUGCGGCGCGAAAUCCAUUCGAGAGGUGAUAGCAUUCCCCAAAUCUGGGACUGGUAUCGAUCCCGUAUUCAAAUCACCGUCGAUAUCAUCCAAUGACGUUUUAGCUGAGUAUGGAUUAACAAGUCUGAACAAGGAGAAGAUCGAGGAGGUCGAAGGACAAAAGAAGGAUGUGGAAGAUGAUGAGACGAGCUCGCCGUAG